GUUUACGACAGUGUGGUACGUUUACGGCCUCUCGUGUUAAUUGCACUGACAGAGGUAAACAAGCGUCAAGUCUGUGUGGAUUUCGGCUCCUAAAGAGGAAAUAUCACCCAGCUAAUGACAAUGCUUCUCCAAAGUCGAGCUGUGUUUGCCCUUGGCCUUCGCAUGUGCUCUACUCAUGUGACAAAAGGACCUUUGAUAGAGACAGCAAGACCCAAUUCAGACAUGUCUGAAUUCCGCAAGGACUUUUCCAAAGCAAAGCACAUAGUUAUCAUCACGGGCGCAGGUGUGAGUGCGGAGAGUGGAGUCCCAACUUUCAGGGGAGAAAAUGAGAAGUGGAGGAAGUGGCAGUCUCAGGACCUGGCUACUCCAGAGGCCUUCUCACGCACCCCGUCUCGAGUCUGGGAGUUCUACCAUUACAGAAGGGAGCUGGCGCUGAACAAGAAGCCCAGUGCUGCCCAUCAGGCUAUAGCAGAGUGCGAAGCCAGGUUGAGGAAGCAGGGACGCUCCGUGGUUGUCAUCACCCAGUGCACAGAUGACCUUCACCGACAGGCUGGGUCCAAACACGUGCUCAAGAUUCAUGGCAGUCUGAUGGAGACGCGCUGUGUGAGUUGUGGAAAUGUUACUCUGAACAAGCGUAGCCCCAUAUGUGCCGCCCUAAAGGACAAAGGUUCACCUGACCCAGAUGUUGCUGAUGCCCAGAUUCCAGUGGAUAAACUGCCAAGGUGUGACGAAAGUGACUGCCAUGGUCUUCUAAGGCCCAACGUUGUGUUUUUUGGAGAAACUCUGGACUCUCAUGUCCUGACCAAAGUGGAAAAAGAGAUGGAAAUCUGUGAUCUCUGUCUGGUGGUGGGCACAUCUUCAAUCGUUUACCCAGCAGCCAUGUUUGGCCCGCGGGUUGCAUCCAGAGGCGUUCCAGUGGCAGAGUUCAACACACAAACAACGCCGAAAUCCCAGUACUUCACGUACCAUUUCCAGGGACCAUGUGGAACCACACUGCCUCCAGCUUUGGCACGAGACGAGUCAGAGGUUAUUUACUGACUUUACAGACAGCAGUCAGUGGCUUCUUCUAUAGUCAAAUGCAAUCUAAAGCUGUGGGGUUUCACAGCAUUUCUCUAAAUCUUUGCCUUAAUAUCACUCUAGCUGUUAAUGCUUAGUAGAGGGAGAACUGUAAAUAAUUAAGCAUUUUAAGACUUUGAGAUGGAUCUUUUAAUACUUGAAUAUAUAGCUCACUCAACUGGAAAUGGGAUUUUGAAUGUUUUACAUAUUCGUUGCUUAGAGUUAAGCAGGAGCUAUGCAGCUUGGUGUAAGAAAGGGAAUGUACUACGUAUGUAGUUCUUUGCUUAGGAAAACAUUUCCUCAGGUAUCAGAGGGUAUUAAUGUUUUUCUUUACAUAUUAGUUGCUGGUGAGUGAUUGUUAUAUUUCGGAUAUACUGUGCUCAAAAUUGUGCUGUACAACGGAACAGCAUAUUACUCCAGGUGCCAAUGGAGGGUAUUGCUCUUUUUUCUUUCCACCAAAUGAACAGAUGUACAGACUGUAACAUAAUCUCGUGCCUUUCAAAACUGUUUACACAACCUUGACCAAAUGCUCGCUUUAAACCUCAAGUGAAAAUCAACCAAUGUUACAGAGAUUUACCUGAGUGCAGAGGUAGUUUUUGACCAAGGACAGAGAGGGUAGAGAGAGGGAAAAUGCCAUUUCAGUCCUAGCCUGAAUCAGCAUUAAUUCACUCUCAUGCUCUUUGACUGUGUUUAGUAUAAGUAUAGUUACAUGUCAUGGAUUAUUCAUGAUACAUUUGAUGCAUUUUUACACAUUUCAGUGGCUGUUAUCAAAUAUAUAUAUGUGUGUUCAAUAAUUGUGGAUGGAAAUUGUCUAAACAUGGAAGCAACUAUAUAUUUAAUAACACAAUCAGUUUUUUUUAACUUUUUUUCCCAUAAACAUCAUUCACACUUUCUUAUGAUGCAUCUAUUAAAACUAGCAAUGCAAUAAUACAGAAUAUAAUUAUUAAAACACUAGAUGUUU